AUGCAUAGGCUCAUCCUACUCUGCUUACUGGUGCAGUUAGUGCUCAGUCUGACUCGAGAAGAACUUCUCGAACAUUUGAAGGAAAGGCAGGAGACGAGAAAUACGUUUGAUUCACGUGUACCUCGGCUAAUUCGACCGAUUGGUUACAUCGAUGAGGAACCAAUUUGGCCACGUGUAUUAGAGAAAGUGAAAUCUGAAGCCGAGCUUUUCUUUGAUGACGACAAUUUUGCUUAUCGAGUUGCACCUCAUCGAGACGCUGUUGCUUUGAUUCGAAAGUUGGAUAAGGAGGAAAACUACAAGAAAGUCAUUCAGUUCUUGGAACGAUAUGUAUAA